UCGUUGUUGGACUUUACUCUGUAUUGCCCCAGUAACUCAUGUGUUCAUUCUAUUUUAUCUCACCAAUUAAAAACAAUAUAAUUUUUAAUAUAUUUUAAUCAAAAACGUGGUGAAAAUCGAAAUUGCCCUUAAUGAAACCAAAUAUUUAUAGGAUCCAACCUAAACUAUUUGACUCGGCCCACUAUUAGCCGGAUCCUUAACCAGAUCCGCGCGUUCCUUUUCCUUUUCUCUUCCUUUGUCGUCUCUCACUCUCUUCUAAACCUUCUAAACCUGAAAAUUGAAAAAGAAUCCUAGAACCGACGAAAACGAUGAAGCUCACCGCAUUGACUGCUUCCUUCACUGCUUCUUCUCUGAUCUUUCCUUAGUCCCUCGUGCCUUUCCUUGUUACUCUGAUUUCAUCAUUUCCCCAAAUCAGUCUGUAACCCUAGAUUUGACGAAAUCAAUUGAAAAAAUUGAUCGAAUCAACUGCUCCUGCGGCGUAUUCUAUUCUCCCGCUCCUUCUGUCGGCGACGCAAUCGACGGAACCCUAGACUUCAUCUCCCAUCUCCUAUUUUCGUUCUCGUCUCUUCCGUGUAAAAGGUAUGUUCUCUCUCCAAUUUUUGAUUGAUUUUGUUGUUGGUUUGAAAGUCCGUUUGAAAGUAUUGUGGUUGAAAAUCGGUUAGUUUCAGAUUUUUUUCAGAAUGAGGAUUACAGAGACUGAAACUUUGACACGUUUGGUUUUGAGGUUAUAGAGAUUGAAAGUUUGGUUUCAGACUUGAGAUAAGUCUAGUGAUUAUUGAAGACUAACUGUUUUGGUGAUAGAAUGUCCUAGACUGUUUGAUAUGUGAAACCGAGUUGAGUGAUUGAUUAAUUGUGAUGUAGUGAUCGAAUUGAUUGGUUGGAUUUUUAUUAUUGAAUGAAUGAUUUAGGGUUUUGAGAUCAGACAGCUAUAAGAAUCAAUGAUUAUUUUGUAGAUAUUUCAUUGAAUGGGUUUGUUAGCGUUGGUGGUUAUUGAACGUUUAUUGUGUAUGUAUAUAUUCAGGGGAUCAAGAUAUUGAGAGGCUAUAGAUAAUGGCAGGCCAAGGUCGAGGGAGAAAAAAAUCUCAGCAGAAAAAGUCCACAAAAAGAAACAGUGCUCCUGUAGAAGAGCAACAUGUAGAAGAACUUUCAACAGAGAAUGAUAGUGAUGAUCUGUCAGCACACGAAAUUGAGUCUGAUAAUCAGGGAACCGAUAAUCAGUCUGCAUCAUCUCAGGAGUGCCAACCACUGCCACCUGAUGAGCUAUGUUUCAAGAACACCGAGUUCACCCAGACGUGUAAGAUACAGAGCAAGUGUUAUGUGACCGAGACGGUGAAGUUUCUGAAGAAGGCUAGGUUUAAGCCUGAGCUUGAGUGGUUUGAAAACCACCCUCAGUUUUGCCAUUUUUUCCACAUGCCCGAUGAACCAAACUUGAAGCUGCAGGGUAUGUGGAUGCUUCUACUGCGCACUGUUCCUUUACAUGAGUCAGAGGACACAUCUUGGUUUGCUGUUAAUGGAGUGCCCAUUCGGUAUUCAAUGAGAGAGCAUGCUCUCAUCUCGGGAUUGGACUGCCAUGACUACCCGGCUAAGUAUAAGAAGAUUGGAAGCUUUGCGUUUGUAGACAGGCAUUUCAAAUCACAUAAGGAGAUCACUAUGCUAUCUGUGAGAGAGAAGUUGUUGAGUAUGAGUGCGUGUGGGGAUCGACUCAAAAUGGCAGUGCUUUACUUCUUAGGCACGAUUAUCAGAGCGAGGGGAAGGUAUAAUGCCCCGUUCGACCCUUUCGUAUUAAGAAUCGUCAACGAUGUGGAGGUUUGUAAAACCUUUCCUUGGGGUCGGUUGACGUUUGAAGAUGCUCUCUGGUCCAUCACUCACGUGAUGAAGCAUCUGAAAGGGAAACCUAAGAAUAAUGUCAACUUUCCCGGGUUCAUAAUUCCUUUGGAGGUAAAUUUGAUUUAUCCUUAUGAUUUUUUUUUCGAGUGUAUUUUUUUUCUUAUGAUUUUUUUUUUCUUUUGACAAUCAGAUCCUGGCAUUUGAGUGUAUUCCAGCUCUGAAAGCACGAUUUAGAGAAGGUGUAGAAGGCUGUAUGAGUAAGUGUCCGAGGAUGUGUAAAAAGCGGUUCCAAAGUAACAGCAUGAAGGGUUAUCCUCUUGAGGAUUUGUACGACACACUAGGAGAAAUUAAGGUUAUUGAAAGUGUUCUUGUUCCUACUGUUGAUGAGGAACCUCUCAUGGCACGCUUAAUGGAUGGGGAGCCAGACUAUGAAAAUGAAGAAGGCGUGAGUAAUUUGUGGAGCACGUGGUUGACUGUUAAGGAGAAGCCUAUCUUUUGGCAAGAACUCUAUGAGUUAGAUGUGGCUGCAAGGGAGUUUCCUCAGAAGAAAGACAAAAGGAAAGUGCAUGAAGAAGCAUCCUCCUCUAAUACAAGUUUGGAGGACGUUUUGAAAGGGUUUGAAGAGAGGUUGAUGACAAGUUUGAGUGAAGUGAAUGGGAAGGUGGAAAAAAUGAACAAGAGACUUGGGAAGAUUGAACGUUGCCAAGUUGUUUUAAAAAAGAGGUGUAAAAGGAUGAAGGCAAUGGAGAAGAAGCUUGAGAAGAUUGAAGAUUGCCAAUAUUAUUUAAAAAAGAAGGCCAAGAAGGUGGAGAAAGAAAUGAAGGAAAUGAAAGAGAAGGAGGAGGAUAAGGAGAACAAUGACGGUUUCGACUAUCAAGGCAUGGAUUAUGACUGGGGUGGACAGCGGAAUGACAGCAAUGGAGCGGACGCAACAACCAAAGAACCUGUAGAUGAAGAUAUGGUUGAAAAUACAGAGGUGGUAGAAGAGAAAGAGAGUGAAGAAGACGCUCAGAAGGACGAUAGAGGUUCUGAGGAAGAGACAGAACCUGAACCUGAAGCAGAAGCAGAAGCUGAAGAAGACAAAGAAAAAGAGGAUGAGGAAGAGAGUGAAGAAGAGGCUCAGAAGGAACCUGAUGAGGUUCAAGAUGAGGUUGAGAUGAAUGAAGCCAAUGAGAUUGAAGAAGAGGUUGAAACAGAGGCUCAGGUUGAAGUUGAAACCGAGAAAACUGCUACACCACCACGUGGUAGGACUAAGGCAGCAGCCGCGAGGAGACAAAUCCUAACAACACCAGAGAAGUUGUUCGGAAAGGCUGAAAAAAUGGUGGAGGAAGAGAUGAAAGAACCUGAGGAAGAGGGUGAAAAAAUGGUGGAGGAAGAGGUGGAAGAACCUGAGGAAGAGGGUGAAAAAAUGGUGGAGGAAGAAGUGGUAGAGCCUGAGGAAGAGGCUGGAAAAAUGGUGGAGGAAGAGGUGGAAGAACCUGAGGAAGAGGCUGGAAAAAUGGUUGUCUACGAAGGCAGUACUUGUGAAACGAAGGAAGCUGACAAGGGAGCAGCCAAGCCUUCUGGAACUGGGGUCAAGCAUAGGCCAAAACAAAUGGCAUUGAGGAAGCACGCUACUAAGCAGGCUCCUAAGCCGAGGGGUAGACCGAGAAAGGAUACUGAACCAAAGAAGUUCACAACGCCAGAACAGACAAAAAGGAUACGUUCACGUUCACAGUGGGUUUUCACUCCUUUCACUGAAGCUAACACUGAUGAGAUUGAAGGGCGCAAGAAAAAGCCUAGAACAAAGGCGUAGAAGACAAGAAGCUUAAAAUAUUUUGGGUGUUAAGUAUUUAUCUCGGAUUUGUUGUGAACUUAUGUAAGAAGUUAUGUUUUGUUGCUUGCUGGUCUGUAAAACUUGAAUGAUAUCUCUUAUGUAGGAUGUUCUGUGUUGUGUGAUUGUCUUGCAGCAGGUUUGGCCCAAUUGAGGACAAAACGAUCUAAGUCUUAAGAAAACACAUUUGUACUACUAGGUUUAUUAUGUAUUACUAAGACAAACAAAAUUUGUCAACAAUAAGAAAAAAAAUGGCACAU